AUGGGAGUCACCACCAGGGGAGGCGCGCGCGCGUGUGUCGUCGGCACGGGCUCGACGGCCGCGCGCGCGCACGUCCCGCCGGCGCGCGGGACCCGUGGGGUGGUGAGGGCAGAGCCUGGGAGAAGGCAGAGCCGGGGACUCGCAGCAGCAGCGGAAGGGGCGGUCGCGACGGGCGCGGCGGCUCCGGUCCGCGGCCGGGGCGCUAAGCGGAGCGCGCCGGCGGCUCCCGACGCUCUCGAAGGCGCGAGUACCGCCCGCCGGCGCGCGGGCGAGGCCGUCACCGACGUCGCGUCCCUUCCGGUGCGCGCAACCGACAGCUCGCGCAACGAACCGGCCAUUCAUUUCGCCGUCCCGCUCCGCUCUUUUUGUUCCUGCUCUGACGACGUGCUGGAGGUGGUCUUCGGUCACCUCGCGCGCGACGCGUCACCGGCGCAGUAUUUCGACGCAAUGCUCACGUCCAAGCGCUUCCGAGACGCGGGAAUGAGCAAGCGCGCGCUCUCGAACGUCGGCGAGAAGGUCCUGUCGAGGGCGACCGCCGAGAACUGGAACGAGGGCGCGUCCGCCUUUGCCGAAGCCGCGGUGGACGCCGGCAGCGUCUUCGCCGCCUUUCUCGUGGGCAGCGUCGACUUUUACUGCCGCGACGCGGUCGGCGAGACGACCGAGCUCGCGGCCGCUCGGCGCACCCGCGGCGCGUCGCUCCUCGCGCGCGCCGCCGUCGCCGGGUCCUCCGACGCGCACCACACCCUCGCCAUCAUGCACUUCAACGGCUCCGGCGGCAAGCGCAAGGACAAGGACCCGGAGACGGGCGCGGCGUUCUGCGCGCGGGGGAACAUCCUCUUUGGCUCGGCGGAUGCCAAGCGCGAGCUCGGGCACUGCCUCCAGGACGGCUUCGGCGUGGAGCAGGACGUUCCGUUGGGACGCAAACUCCUCGCCGAGGCUGCCGCCGCCGACGUCGCCACCCCCGCGAUGGACGCGGCGGUGGUCGCCGCGACGGUCGCCGCCGCGGCGGCGGAGGAGAGGCUUCGCAAGCGCAACGACAUCAACACGCUCAACGCCGCCGUCGCCGCCGCCGCGGAGGUGUCCGCCGCGGCUAAGCACGCCGCGGAGCAGCACCUCACCGCGCCGCCCGUCGCCCGGUUCCUCCUGGACUGGUACGACCCGAACGUGUGCGGCAACGUGUUGCAGCCCGGGACGCACGCGUGUUCGCACCCGCUGUGCGGCAGGGUGGAGACUCGUCGACACGAGUUUCGGCGAUGCUCGUGCUGCGGUCGAACGCGGUACUGCUCGCGGUCGUGCCAGAGCCUCGACUGGCGUUUGCAGCACAAGUUCGCGUGCCUGCCGCUGCUGGAGCUGUACGGGUGGAUCGAGAGCGACACCGAGUCGCAGGACACCACGGCUGGGGCGCUCGGCGUCCACGGCGGCGACGACGAAGCUUCGCAGCUCGCGUCGGGCGCGAGCUCGAACAACCUCGUCGCGAUGCCCGCCGACGACGCCGCCGCGGCUCGAUGAAUGACGGGGACGCGACGCGAAAUAUGCGCGCGACGCGAGGGUAAACGAGGGGAACGCUCGCAGACGAGGAGGUUUGGAACAGAAAGAGGGUCUACUAACCGCUCUUCUAUUAAGUGCUUCGUAUUAGACAGAACAGCAGGCGCCGAAAAAGGGACGCGUCUGCCGGCAGGAUUGGGAACAACACAUAUUACGACAAAAA